AUGAGGUUAAAACCUGAGAAGAAAAACAAGGGUGUAGCCUUCAAGGCAGUGAAAGGAACAGAAGAGGAAGAGGAAACACAAGAUCUUGCCCUACUGACAAAGGAAUUCAAAAGAUUUCUCAAAAGCAAGAACUCGUCUAGAAAUUCGAAUGCUCCUAGAAAGAAUAAUUAUACCGGCAGUGGCAACCACAGUGACUACACCAACAAGAGUGGAAAAGGAAACUUCAAAGGAAAUCACUCAGGAAAACCUAAGUGCUAUGAAUGUGGUGGAUACGGUCACAUCUCUACCGAAUGUGGAAAUAGGAAGCAUGAAAAUAGCAACAACAAGUCUCUACUUUCAACUUGGAGUGAUGAUGAGUCUCAAGAAAUUGAAAACGUAGCACUGGUAUCAUCAUUUCUACCUGAUUCAGAUAGUGACGAGUUUUGCUCUGAUGAUGAAACAAAUAUCCGCUGCAGACAACUCUACAAAGCUUCAAAGGCAACCCUGCUAAAAAACUUGAGUUUGGAAAAAGAAGUUGAUUUUCUGAGAACCGAGAAAGAAAAAAUGGAGCAAUUAUUGGAAUCAGCAAAUUUACAAGGUGAAGCAGCAGAUUUACAAGGUGACCAAGGAAUAGUGACUUGGAAGACUGAAAGGAAUGAGUAUCUCAACAAGAUAAAAUUGCUGGAACUGGAUGUUAAAGGACAACGAGCAUUGAACUUGGAACUGUUGGCUAAAAACGAGGCAUUGCAAGAGGAGUUAAAAUCGACUCAAGAAAGGUUCACCAAGUUCGAUGUCAGCUCCAUUACCAUGUCCAAAUUACUCGGAUCUGGAAAAGCUCCUCAUGACACUUGUGGGUUACGAUACACUGGAGAGAAUUCCAAAUGUACCAAGUUCGUAAGAGCAUCAAGACCACCUGUAGAAAAGGAAGAAGUCUCCACUGAUGAUUCUACCAAAAAUGUGAAGGAAGGUCAACCAAAUCAAAACUUCCAGGUAAAACUUGACCAAGAGUCUCACACUGGUCAGAACAGGUACGCAAACCCUAGACCUUUUAUUCCUACAUGUCAUCACUGUGGUAAGAUAGGCCAUAUCAGACCUAGAUGUAAUGGAAGAUUUUCAAACUCAAAGCACUCUCAAGAAAUAUGCACUGUUGAAUCUCUAAGCUUUGAACUUAAAGAACAAAAAGAACUCAUCAACAGAUUAACAAAAAUUGUUUCGAAGAAAAACCUUCCAACUGGAAAAAGAAAAGAUGUCUGGACCAAGAAAAAUGAAAGUAAAUGUCUUCAGUCUUAUAUUGAUAAAACUGAUCAUACUUGUCUCUUUGCUUGUGCAAACAAAACUCAACAAAGUUCUCACAUUGAGGCAUCUUGUUUAGUAGCCCUAACUGCAUUAGCUGACAAGAGACGAGAUUUCUGGUAUGUCGACAGUGGCUGCUCUAGACACAUGACUGGAGACAAGACCUGGUUUGCUUCUUUUGAAGAUGAGAACACAACAGGAUCAGUCACAUUUGGAGAUGGAAGGAAAGCAAAUAUUCUAGCUCGAGGUACAGUGAACACCCCAGGUAUACCUAAUCUCAAAAAUGUGUUAUUUGUUGAAGGCUUAACUGCAAAUCUAAUUAGCGUAAGCCAUUUGGCUGACGACUAUGAAGAUGUAUGGUUUAACAAACAGAGAUGUUUAGUCUUAAAUCAGAAAGGAGAAGGUAUCAUGGGAGGUAAGAGAUAUUUUGAUAACAGUUAUCAUAUUCAAGCUAAUGAAUCUUCCAGCUUGCAGCCCUGUUUGUCUGUAAAAACUACAGAGGAAACCUUUGAACUCUGGCACAAAAAGAUGGGACAUGUAAACUAUCAGGACUUGCUGAAAUUAUCUUCCAAGCAAUGUGUCCGAGGCUUACCAAAUUUAAAGGGUAAAACUGACAAGAUAUGUGGAGACUGCAAAAUUGGAAAGCAAACCAAGGCUCCUCACAGGGUGUUGAAUUCUGCAACAACCACAAAAGUCUUGGAACUUUUACACAUGGAUCUCAUGGGACCAGCUCAAUCUGAAAGCAUUGGAGGUAAGAGCUACAUGCUAGUAGUUGUAGAUGAUUUCUCAAGAUACACCUGGGUAAAUUUCUUAAAAGACAAGACUGAAACGUUUGAAUCUUUUAAAAACUUGAGUCAAAAAUUGAUCAUUGAAAAGAAAUCAUCUAAUACUAGCAUAGUGAGAGUAAGAUCGAAUAAUGGUACUGAAUUUAAAAAUGCCUCUUUCUCUAACUAUUUUCAUGAGCUUGGUGUGUCUCAUGAGUUCUCAGCUCCAAUCACUCCACAGCAAAAUGGCAUUGUGGAAAGGAAAAAUAGGGUAUUGCUGGACAUGGCUCGAGUAAUGUUGCAUGCUGCAGGUUUAAGCACAAACUUUUGGGCUGAGGCUAUCAGUACUGCUUGCUAUACAAUAAAUAGAGUAUUUUUCAGACCAGGUACUGAUCAAACAGCUUAUGAGCUGUGGAAAGGUAAAAAGCCAAAUGUUGGAUACUUUCAUAUCUUUGGCAGCCCUUGCUACAUUUUACGAGACAGAGAGCACCUUGGAAAAUUUGACGCUAGAAGUGACGAUGGUGUAUUCUUGGGAUAUUCUCUAAACAGUAGAGCUUAUAGGGUUUACAAUAAAAGAACCCGAGUUGUUAUGGAAUCCAUUAAUGUUUCUAUUGAUGAUCAAUGUGUAAAACAGGAAGAAUAA